AUGACCCACCCGCUCCCACUCCGCCUCGACGACGAAUUCAUCCCGCAUACCCCCCCUCCCCCACACCCAAUCGAUAAAAGCCAAACCCCCGCCGCCAUCCAACACCACCAAUCCCCUGCCCCAAACUCCAACCGUACCUUCGCAGCCCCAACCACCCACACUCCCAAAACCCGAGCUUCAAACCCAUCCCCUCUGAACAACCAACGCUCUCCACAUAACCUACCAGUCCGCACUCAUAUUCUCUCACACAAUCCCCACUCACUCUCCGGAUCACAACCACAAACGCUCGCCACCGCCUCCAAAAAACCUACACCGGAGUCCCCUGCUCCUCCUCCCCCGCACCUCCUCCAGUUCCCCCACGAAGCCCCAGCAAACUCAUCUCCUUCUGCAACUCUUCUCUUUAAUCUCUCAACGCUCCGCGACUCUAAACCUCUCACACACGCGCCCUCCCGCAUCUCUCCCCACCCAACCGCGCUACCAUUCUCACAAAUCUCGUGCGGUAAACCCAAAGACUUGGCGCUCAAUGCCCCACCCUCCCAUCCAUCCCUACCACAAAACAACCGUCCGCUCAACAUCCUCUCCCCACAACUCUCUCAACGACUUGAACAAACUCUCCACCCGACUCCGCAUACGCCACUUAUCCAACCGCAACCUACAAACCCUCCAAUCCUCAAUCCCAAAACACGCCAUCCCUUCUCCACAGAUGUUAAAUUCUCCGAGCGGCUCUCCCAACUCCUCUCUCCACGCAACCCUACACUCCCACCGCGUUCAAUCCCGCACACUAGAAAUCUUCUCUACCACACACUCAUCAACAUACAAUGA